GCGACAGAUCCCAAGCCGGGGCUCCUUCUCCAGCCUCCCCCCCGCCCCGGCCGCCGUCCUCCUCCUCCGUCCGGCCUGCGCCCACCCGCUCUCGUAAGAUGGAGGCAGUUGAGCUCGAAGACAGCGGUGAGCACCAACAACCUUUGGAUGCUUCUCUUGCUUCAGAUGUCAUAUAUGAAGACGCGCCUGUAUGUCCGUGCAUUGGAACUGAGCACCAGGCAGAAAUCCCGAAUCUGUGCACAGAGGAUGAGCGCCAUCAGCUCAUGGCCAGCCCGCUUGAAAGCAUGCUACCUGGUUUCGAUUUCCUUGUCACGGUUGGGUUAGCUGUACCAAUUGUGUGGGGACCAAGUGAAGUCCAUAAGGAGGAGGGAUUAGGAUUACAUAAUUCUUCAGAAACCGAAGCAAGAACAAGCUGCCAGGACGAGGAUGGCCGAGUAACCUCAGUUUGUCCAACCAGCAAUAGUAUAAGUGACCAUGAUUCGACAUUUCAGGAUCCAGAUCCUGUAGUUCCUGUUGAUCAUAUAGAAUCUGAUGCUAAUCGAGCACAGGAUGGAAAUUUGGCUCCAUGUUCUACUCGAGAGGACCUCGAUUUUGCUAAUAAUCCUAUGAUGAAGCAAGUGGAAGUCGAUCAAUUUACUCCACUGCCUUAUUCAUCCACUUCCCUUUGGAGUGGUAUUGAGGCAGAAUGUUUUCUGCUCGGGCUCUACAUUUUCGGCAAAAACCUAAGUCUGUUGAGCAGGUUUGUUGGGAAUAAAACCAUUGGGGAUGUGCUUUGCUACUACUAUGGAAAGUUCUACAAAAGAGAUGCAUAUAAAAGAUGGUCGGACUGCAGAAAAGCACGAACUAGGAGAUGCAUUCUUGGGGAACGCAUUUUUACAAGUUGGCGGCAGCAGGAGAUUAUCUCUCGUCUGAAAUCUGUAGUACUCAAAGAAGCUCAUGAUUCAUUGGCAGAGAUUUUCAAAUCUUUCAAUGACGGACAAACAUCUUUAGAAGAUUUUGUAUUUGCUCUGAAAUCCACUGUUGGAAUAGAAGCUGUCGUGGAGGCUGUUGGAAUUGGUAAAGAGAAGCAUGAUUUGACUGGAUUUGUCCUGGACCCAUCCAAACCAAAUCAAGCUCUUUCUGGUCAUCCUGACAUGCCUACAGGCAAAGAUUGUUCCUCCCUCGCUUCGGAAGAUAUAAUUAAGUUCUUAACAGGUGAUUUCAGAAGAAGCAAGACAAGAUCAAACGAUCUUUUCUGGGAAGCUGUUUGGCCCCGUUUGCUUGCAAGAGGGUGGCAUUCGGAGCAGCCAAAAGAUGUCAGCACAACUAAGAAUAGCCUUGUUUUUCUUGUGCCGGGUAUAAAAAGAUUCUCAAGAGGUGACCUCACUAGAGGCACUCAUUAUUUUGAUUCUGUCAGUGAUGUGCUUAAACAAGUGGCAGCGGAUCCUGUUCUUCUAGACAUAGAGGUUGGUGGAAUGGACUAUGGUGUUACGGCUGAGCAAAAUGGCGAUGCCACAGACUUGAACCUGAACCAAGAUGAUCCUUUGGAUGGUAAUCAGGAGCUUCCAAGGUACACAAUUAUUGAUACUACCUUGGUACAGGGAGCAGAGCCCUUAAGAGUCAGGGAGCUGAGGAGACUACCUGCUGAUGCAAAAAUUCGUCCUGGCACUUCACGUCAUUCACGCAAUAUUGUGAAUGUCAGUUCAUCAGAGGAGCAAGAUGUGAAUGAUCGAUUGUUAGUUGACCAGGAAUACUGUGGACAAGUUGCAGCUGAUGUGAACAACACUGAAAUGGUCUGGGCGUACAAUGUAGGCAAAGACACUGAAAACAUGAUGGCUGCAUCCUGCUCAGAUUUUCCAGUCAAUGGCCAUUCUUCUAAUGGCAGUGGUAACAAAAUUGAUUUAACAUGCUUAUUUGACCCCAAAAGAAAAACUGAAAGGCGCAAGUAUUUAUCCCCAGUAUCGAAGCGAAGAAGAUUAUCUAGCUGUAACACUGAUCAGACAAGUCGGCGCAGCUUUAAUUUUUCCAAGGGAGACAGUUCAGCGAAAGAGAAAAUAAAGGCACCAUCAACCUCAUCGAAACCAACUGUCCGUGAUGUUUGUGGUAAUUUUCGGAUCAAAACAACUGCAGGAUGUUCCACAGAGAAGCCACGUGAGCAGAUAAGAGAUGCAUCAAACGCUCUUACCAGUGACAGGUGGAAUGAGAAGAUGAAAGUAAAGAACUUAAAUGAACACAAGAAGGUGAAUGUGAAGAACUUAAAUGACAAGUCAUUUGAGUGCAAGGUUGACACGGUGCCUGAAGUUUAUUCAAAGAUCACCAUCACAGAGGCAAAAUUUGGCAAAGGGGCUCAAGUUAGUAGCUUGGCUGGUCAGGUUAAACAGGAGGCACCACUAGAUGGCAAGACAAGCGCAAGAGUGCGUGCCAUGCCAUCAGACGAUCAUGGUCACAUGAAGGCUGAGGAAAUUCCCUCCAUAUCGAAUGGCAAUCAGGUCCGUGAUUCAGAGGUAACAGGAGGACCUGCUAACCCGCAAGCUGAUCUGGCUUCGCAGGCGGAUUCUCGUAGGCACGGAACCAGAAAUAGGCCUCCCACAGCAAAAGCUCUGGAAGCCGUUGCCUUGGGGUUCCUUGGAGGAAAGCGCAAGGGUGAACCCAAAAGCCCUGGAACAGGCAGGCCUCCCCAGAGACCUCGCAAGCCCAGUAAAGACUGGGUUUAUGCACCUACAAGUAGUGACACAGACAACCCCAGCAUGGACCCUGAUUCUCCAAUGUGAGCAGGUUGCUACGCAUUUGUUGGUGUGAACAACGGCUCCAUAUCAACAUUUUGGAUGAUCAAUAUCAAGUCAGAAAUCUAGCUUCAACUAGAAUGACGUGCAUCGAUAAACCCUUCUAUGGCACCCUGCGCUUUGUGAUUUGUAAUAUUUUACAGAACGCAAUGGUGAGGCAGGUGAGCUGGUGGGCCAAUCGAAUGUCAUGCAGGAAGCUCCCUUGGUUUCUAUUUAAGCUUAUUGGAUUUGUAUGUCCAUCAAGGAUUGCAAAGUGUAACUUGUACUGAGGAAGAGAUGAGUUGAUACCAUAUUGGGCUAUUGACCAGAUUUCAGUUUCCUUGGAUCCAAGGAUUAAUUCUUUGCGUGUAAUAUAUAUCCCAUUCAUGCU